UUUACGAAAUCUUGAUCAAGUUCAUUCCGUUGAUUUUGUCUUCUGUCGGUCGUAUGUGAUGAAAUAAUAUAAUCUAUCGAACUCGUAUCUAUUCUAUGUAAAUAUUAAAUUCAUAAAGAAAAAUAUUGCGUGAUGUUUUCUCAUACUUUACGCUGUUCACACUAAUGUUAAGGUGAACUGAAUAAAAACAAUUUCUAUUAUAAUGCAUACGUAUUUCCUACAAUGAUUAAUCUUUUGGGGCAAGGUUCUUCAACAUUUUAUGUAAAUUAGUAUGUAUUAGUGUAGCGUGACGUAUUGUGCAUUGAGUGUUGUCAUCACGUGCGAGAACGUACACGGAGACUCGUUGUGAAGGAUUGUGAAGUCGUAACUUGCAUACUGAGUUGCUUGGUAUAAAGUCAUUCGCGAUUUGGUUUGCGCCUGAUGGCAUUUGGUGAUAGCGUUUGCUAGUGUUGUGUCAAAAUGGUUCCGAAGCCUCCGCCGCCGCCAGGGCCACCGCCGCCUCCGGGCCCUCCGCCUCCGCCAGUGUUUGGAGGCGCCGCAAAGAGUGGUGGUGCUAAUGAUCGAAAUGCCUUGUUAAGUUCCAUAAGACAGGGUGCCAAGUUAAAAAAAACGCAUACGGUGGACAAAAGUGGACCUUAUAUUCCUGGGAAAGUGUCGAAUGUUUCUGGUAGUGCAUCUCAAGCUGGGAAUGGGGCGAGAAGUCCAGCGCCAAUCCAGAAUGGGGGUGGGGGCGGACCACCAGGCUUGGGUGGGCUCUUUGCUGGUGGAAUGCCAAAGCUAAGAGCUACAGGAAAACUUGCAGGUACCACGCCAAAUGGACAAGUUAAGAACGAUGCACCUCGCUUCCCACCACCUCAACAUCAGCCACAAAGAACUUCUCCAGAUAAAGUCCGGCCAGCGAUGCCGCCAGCGCCAUCGAUGGGUGGCAAUGUCGGGGCUCUAUCAGCAGCAUUGUCAGAAGCAUUGGCUGGACGUGAUAGGGAUACGAGGGAAGCUAGAGAACCGCCGAGAGAGCUCCCCAGAGAGCCACCGGCGAGACCUGCGGUUAGAAGACAGCCGAGUGACAUCAGGACGAGAGGACCCCCUCCGCAGCCGCCCACACAGAAGCCGGCGAUGCCUUUGAGUUCGUCGGACUCUGUGCUGACGAACAACUCGAUAUUGGACCGCAUCAGCAACCUGCAGCAGCAGCAGACCUCAGAGCAGACCAUCACGCAACAUGUGGCCACCACGUUGCACAGGAACAAGAGCUCGCUGCACUCCACCGGACAGGGUGCGCUUGGUGGGAGUAUGACGUCACUGUCAUCGGCGCCGCCAACCCCGACCCCGGCCUCCUCGCUCUCCACAUCAGACCUGUGCGAGCGACCGACUCGCAUCAGCCACGGCAAGCCGAACCUCGCGCCGAAGCCGCCGGCGAUGGCCCCUCCGCCGCCGAACGAUACCAGGCCGUCGCCACCGCCGAAGAAGCUGAUCACUAAUGGGAAGAUCGCUGCUAGAGCACAGAGUAUGAGAGUGCCCAGAUCACCACCAGCGUCGCCAUCGUCACCGCAGACGGGAGGGACGCGGCCCUUCAACCUGCCGCCCGCUCCUAACAACCCACCAAUCGGUACUAAGAAUCCUGCCUCACAUUUCGGCACGCUGCGAGCCCCGCGCGGGCUGCGCCCCCCGGGCGUGUGUCCGCCGCCGCCGCCGGGCGCGCCGCCGCCGCCGCCGCCCGCAAGGCACACCAACCAGCCUCCGCCGCCGCCGCCACCACAUCAUCGUCAAUCGAGCAUGAACGGCGACGAGGGCGUGGCCCCGCAGCCGCCAGUCCGCGGCUCGUCCAUGCGGCCGCUGGACCUGGAGGCUCGCUUCGCGGAGCUGUUCCACCCGCCGUCGUACUUCCCCGAGCCCGACCAGUUCAAGCGCAUCGCCAAGGGCUACAGCAGCGCCACCGUCGCCGGUAAGUACGCGUAACCGGCGGCCACUCUAGCUCACCACUCCGGUUACUAUCUGGUCGGUCGAUCCAGCUUUGUAGGUCGAUGUCAAGGUUUAAAACCUCGGCUCCAUCGAUCAAUGACGAACUUUAUAGUUUUAUGUGAGAAUUCUGUAGAACUUUACGUAGUAUUAGUUCGCGAUUGGAUGUAGUUGCACUUAGUAAUGGAUACUGAGAUAAUAAUUAUAGAUCAAAUUAAUGAUCAUUACAAAAUGGUGCCGUCCGCUCCAUUUUCCUUGACUUUAGUUUUACGGACAGUAAAACAUGAUCAAAAAUGUUUGAAGUCAAAAUAUUCUUUAUUUUUGAAUGCGACUGACAUUACCAGCCUGACAAAUCAGGACUGAUAAAUGAAGUACUUUUCCGUACAAUUCAGUUUUGUCAUCAUGACAAUAAUAUAAUCGUUACAAAAGUAACCCUAGGGGUGUGACCCUAACUCUUGAUAAGCAUCGAUAUUUCCUAUCGAGUAUCGAUACACUUGAAAACAAAGAUUACAAAUAUCGAUGUUCAUUUAUUAGUUAUAUGAAGAGCAAAACGCACAAGCAUGCUCUGCUUAGUCAUAUAAAUAACCUAGUUCUAGAUAUUUAGUUUUACGAUUAAGUGCAAUAGGUACAAGUCAAAAUUUGACACGCAUAAUAUCUAAGUAAAAUUACUUUAGUCAUGGAUAUAAUUUUUUAUGCUAAUAUUACUUCGUCUUGGAGUUUAAAUUGUUAUAUUAUAAUGAAGUAUUAUUUUUGUUAUUUUAUUGUAUCGUUACGUGCAUGACCGCAUGACGUUUUGGUUAAGUGUCUUCAUGGAGACUGAAAUUCGAUUUAAAGUUGCGCGUUAUUGUACAUUUUGGAGAGAAUUCAAUCUUUGUUGAAAUGUAAGAAUCAAUUUCCUCUUACAAAUACUUUGUGCAAAAUGUACAAAUGCGCGCUAUAUAUUUAUUUGUACUGAACUAUACUUUGCUAGGCACUGCACAUAGUAGUAUAGACAUAGUGAUACUCUAUGCUUAAAUUAAAUUAUCGAGAUAAGUUAUCGAAAUUGUUCUUUUUAUAGUACAUUUAUUUGAAUAUAAAGUACAGUGAUUAUUUUUCCAAAAAUUACGCAUUUAAUUUGUCAUUCCCUUCGAUCGGCAUUAUUCUAUUGGUUGUAGUUUUAAUGCAAUAUUUCAAAACCUUGGUCACGGACAUUCUGCAUUCAAUUAAUAGUGGCCCAUGUUACUAACAAAUGAGUGUUAUUAUUUAAUUAAAAUACUGACUAGCGGUUUGAUAAUUCUAUAUAAGUAUUAAUCUGGUAUAUAUUUUACUGACCUAUAAAUCAAAUCAGCAAUUAGAUAAUGCUGAGAACUUAAAGAGCGUACGAUUGACAUCACAUUUUAAAGUAAUCGUUUACAAAGCUAUAAUGGGCGACAGGAUAAGUAGCAAUAUAUAUUCACAUUCAAAAUAUCUGUUUAUGUUUUUAGACUAGAAUAUCAUGUGCACAUCACCUCUAGUCUCAACAAAUAUUGCGAGUAUGUUUUACGUGGGAAUUAUGCACUCAGCACGAAGCAAACUGGUUUCUUUCAACACCUGGGGAUAAACUGGUAUUCCUGAAAAUAUAUAACAUAGCACCUGUGUUAAGAAAACAAGACAGUGUUGUCAUAUCAAAAACAAUGAAGUCGUAACUUUUUUUUUCCACAAAUCGUAAAUAUUGCACCUGAGUCAGUAUUUUGAUUGUCGACACUCCACGUACCAAUGCAAAUUCAUAAGUAUCGUAUCACUUAUCGUUAAAUCAUUCGAUUAUACCAAAUUAUAAUUUCAUUAUUUUUUAUAUAAGCGUCUUAUUUUUAUUUACUGAGCGUUUUGUUCAUCAUUUAGUUAUUAUUAUCGAUAGGACUUUUACCAAUGUAUCGCGUUGAGUCAUUAAGAUUAUUUAUAUGUAAUUAUAUUUUAUUAUAAUAAUUUAGUUUAUGUAUUUAAUGAAUCGGUUGUUUUGAUUCGUUUAACUUGUCAAAUGCUUGCACGUUAUACAUAUAGCGAUACGGAAAGUUAUGUAGACGGAGAUAUGAACUAUGUUGUGAUUUCUUUUUUAAUAUAGUGAGGUGCCAUUACUGCAGAUUUUUAUGCUAUUGUUGUACCUGUAACGCUUCAUGCCCAUAUUAUUUCACUUUGACUUAAAGCUGCUCAGUAAAUUGCUUAACUGCCAAUAAGCCUUUGGCAAACUUAAGAUUCUUUUUUAAAAAUGCUUUUUUUUACAAUUACUUUCAAUUUAAUUUUGAUAUACCUAUGCACCAUUUUGACAGUAUCGCUGCCUUAUUCAUGUAGCAGUUAAGAAAUUUAGUGAAUGGGCCAACGAAUACGCUUUCAUGUAUUGAAACGCAACCGGUAUUGUGAUAGUGAUGUGUACGACGCUCAUAUUAUUUAUAAUAUUAUUUUUUGGAUAAUAAAAGAGUAAUCCUACCAAUCA